AUGGCGCUCUUUGACGACCUCCCUGUCGAGCUACUCAGACAGAUCGCUGGUGACAUCAAAAACAUCGACGACCUCCUGAACUUCCGCAAAGCCAGCGCGAAGAUCUAUUUUGCGACCUCGGACAUCUUCGCGCGCCGGGUCCAGAAUUUGCGAUGGAUCGUGGCUCCCCACAGUCUAAACAUCCUGGAGAACAUGAUUGGCAACAACGCCGCUUUGGCCGGGGAACUGCGUGUUCUCCGUCUCACAUCGCACUACAUACCAAUGUUCCAUUACCAGCUCUUCAAUCUCAGACCUGGCCUGUGGAACAUGUUCGCAGAUUACAGUGAUUCUCCAGAGUGUCAGGCUUUCGUCAUGGCCCAGGGUCAGUUCAUUCAUACCAGGGCCGACUUGGCAACCCUGAUACGCAUCCUUGACCAACUCCCAAGCCUCGAGCACCUUGAGGUCACCGACGGGCAGUACGUGCGUGACAGUAUCGCCAAAGAGUUCCAGAUAUACGAGCCCAGCAGGUGCUAUGGCUUGGACAAUGCCGCGAGGGUGCCGGGCCUUCGGUACGACAGCCUGGCAUCACCCGUGCAAGUAUAUUGGACCAUGGGCAUAGUGAUGGGGAUGAAUCCUGGUAUGAGCGGAUUGGCAUAUAAUUUCCAUCUUGUUCUCCUCGCACUGGCCGCCACACGACAUCCAAUCCGCUCCCUCCGAAUCUGGCAUUGGGAUAACGAUAAUGUCAUGGACCACGUCUCGGUGGAAGCCGUCAUCGUCCGGACCUGGCACUACAUCACACCAGACAAGGAGGAAAUCCUGAACGGCCUGGCCGCGAGCUUUGCCGAUCUACGAACCUUUUCUCUGAUGCUGCGGUAUAAGCACGACGUACGGGGAGAAUACACGGACCAGGAAACCUGGCUCGCCGACAUCCUUCAGCAAGCCCCGAACCUGCGCCAUCUGUGUCUCAUGUUCGACAAUACCAUCAACAACACCGUCCAGAACCACGCCACCCUGGCCAGGUACUUCUCGACCUUUUCGCAGAGGGUGAUGCUGAGAAACCUGCGCGUCCUGGAGCUCCUAGAUGCCACGGUCAGAUAUAUCGACGUGUCGAAUCUCGUCCGGCGCGUACGGAAGACAAUGACGCGUUUCAAACUCUACAAUACGGUCCUCGUCGGUGGCACUUGGAAUUCCUUCUUCAGGAUGCUGCACAUCAUGUACACAGCCAUGUACAACUCACAUAACCCUGAUUACGAUGCUUCAUCCGUGCCCGAGCAGAUCUGGCUGGGGUUCUCCUGGCUGAAGGAAGUGCGCAGAGCUGGAACAUCAACAAUAAACGGCCAGGAGCCGGCCGAGUGUCCUAACAGAAUCCUCGUCUUCGACCACAGAGGGCGGGACGGCUGCAUGAGUUGCCACAACCCAGUUUGGAUCCGUCGGAGGCGCUUCUGCAUCCAUGCCAGCUUCGCCUGCGACCUUAAGCGGCGCGAGAUGGAGACUGGCCGUAUACCCACCGGCUUACAGGUGCUGUUGGACGCGGAGCUUGAGGAUUUUUGA